GUCGGCCCCGCUUGCGCGAUUGGACAACAAAAUUGAACGAGCAUGUAUUAAAGCUCGACCCGUACCCGGUCUACGGGAGUCUCUACUCAAUUGUCUAAGGAUUUUCGGUCUUGAUUCCCAGGCUUGCGGGUUGAGUAAACAGUUGGGAUACAGCUGCUCGGAUAUAUUCGUGCUUAACUUGUAAUCUUGUCGAUAAGAUGUUGAAGAUUUUUGGAGCAGCUGCCCUCUUAGGAGCUGUGUAUGCACAGAACUCGUCGUUGCCGACGGUGGAUUUAGGAUACGAGAUUUACCGAGCUGCUGGCUUCAAUAGCACUGGCAACUUCUAUAAUUUCAGCAACAUCCGGUUUGCGCAAGCUCCCAUUGGCAACCUAAGAUUUGCACCUCCUAAAGCCCCCUUGGAGAACAGAUCAGCUAUCAACAAUGGCGAUGUCUCCAGGAUAUGCCCUCAAUCCAGUCCCGCAUGGGGUAAACCUGCCACUAAUUAUCUGACCAGCUUGGUGUUAGGGUUGCCCGCUCCUAACGAAACGUUUGUAGUGACGGGUGCAAAUUCCAGCAGUCCAGUUCCGCCUCGGGAUCCUCGCGAGUCAGAAGACUGCCUCUUCCUAGAUGUCUUCGUCCCGGAAGAUGUGCUCAGCAAGGCAGGCAAAGGAUAUGGGGCUGCUGUCUUGGUCUGGAUCUAUGGUGGAGGCUAUACCCUUGGGAAUAAGAAUCUGAACCCUGCUGGGUUGAUUGCUGCCUCUGGCAAUGCCUCGAACGGCGAUAUCAUCUACGUCUCAUUGAACUAUCGGCUCGGUGCGCUUGGGUGGCAAUCAGGCCCUUCGUACCAGGCUGAAGGCGGUGUCAGCAACCUUGGCUUGUAUGAUCAACGCUUUGCGCUUGAAUGGGUGCAAAAGUACAUCCACCUUUUUGGAGGUGACCCUAACCGCGUCACCGUUGUCGGAGAGAGUGCUGGUGGCGGUAGCAUCAUGCAUCAGAUCACCGCGUACGGAGGCCUCAAGGGCAAAGUUCCAUUUCAGCAAGCUGUGCCGCAGAGCCCUGGUUGGCAGCCCGCCCAGUCAAACCUUCAGCAGGAGGAUACAUAUCGCAAGCUCCUCAACUUGACGAAUAGCUCAUCGCUCGCCGAGCUACGCGCGCUGCCAUCCGAAGACAUCAUGCGCGCCAACUUUCAACAGGUUACUUAUGAUGCAGAAUGGGGAUCAUUCAUCUACGGACCCGUAGUCGACGGGAAUUUUGUGCCUCAGCAGCCUGGCCAGCUUCUCGCUCAAGGACGUUUCGACCAAGAUGUUCGAAUUCUAGUCGGCCAUAAUGCGAAUGAAGGAACGUACUUCACACCUCCUUCGAUUAAAUCAGAAGAAACGCUUGUUACUCAGCUCAGGAGUGCCUAUCCGUACGCACCGCAGCAUUCCAUCGAUACAAUCACGAAGGACCUCUACCCGGCGGUUUUUGAUGGCUCGUACGGUUAUAGAAACCAGUUCUCACGCGCUAACCUGAUCAUCUCCGAAAGUGUAUUCACGUGCAACACGAACUAUCUGUCCACUGGCUUCAAAAACGAGACCUACUCGUACCUCUUUGCGGUGCCGCCUGCUUUCCACGGCUUCGAUGUUCCUUAUACAUACUACGACGGAGGAGCUCUGUCACUCUCUGUGAUGAACCGAACGAUUGCGAUUGCGCUCCAGCAAUUUAUUGCGAGCUUUGCGGAGAACGGUGCACCAGAGGCGGGCGGUAUCACACAGUUCAACAUGUACGGGCCGGAUGCUAGAGUGUUGAAACUUAACGUGACGGGGAUUGAAGAUGUGCGCGACAGCAACGCGAAUGCUAGGUGUGCGUGGUGGCAGAAGGCGCUGUACUAGGUCGAGCAAUCUUGUCGCAUAACUGGUUACCAUGUUAACGAUUGAGGAGAAGGAAUUGAGCUCGAACUUUUUCCAAUGAUUCAGUAAACAUGUGCAAAGCGCCGUAAAUGCAUAAAAGUUGGGACAGUAUGGAGAUGGGACAUGCAGGGAGCUAUGACCACCUCUGGUUUCGA